AUGAUUUAUUGCGAAGGACGAUUUUUCCUGCAAGCACAAGAUCAAACCUCGCGUAUCUCCAGCGCUGGGUUAAUCAUUUCCCUUCGUUACCAGGAUAUAAACAGCUGCGAGAUCCAGAAGAAAAACUGCACGUGGCUCAUGGUAACACACGAAACGUGCCUCAAAGAUGAUGUGAUGACAGCACUCAAGAAAGCCACUGGUGACGUUGUGCUCAAGUUUGAACCAUUUGUUCUUCACGUGCUCUGUCAAGAGCUGCAGGAUGCACAGCUUCUGCAUUCAGUGGCUAUCGAUUCUGGGUUCAGGAACUCUGGUAUUACGGUUGGCAGAGGAGGAAAAAUUAUGAUGGCUGUCCGGAGCACUCAUUGCUUAGAGGUUCCAUUGUGUGCAAAGGGAAAACUGAUGGUCUCUGAAGAAUAUAUUGAAUUUCUGAUACACGUGGCUAAUCGGAAAAUGGAAGAAAACAUGAGGAGGAUUGACAGAUUCUACAAACACUUAGAGUUAGCUUUGAAAACUGCCGCCAGUGCAAACAACUCGCCUUCGGAGGAGACGGAGAAGAACUGCUCCGUGUAUGUUCGCAGAAGAAAGAGAAAGACCAUUCGAGAACAAGGUGUAGACACCUCUCCAAAGGAGCACAGUGAAGAACUGGGGCCUGAGGAUGAUGCAGAAAGCAAUCUUGAUAUUUUUGCUGAAAUCACCAUAUAG